CUCCUUCCGUUUUCCCGGCCACCGCCCUCCACCCUCAACCCAUUCCAGAGUUUUUUAAGAGGGGAUCAUCAUCCCCAUUCCUCGUCCAUUCCUCGUCUUCUCUCUCUCUCUCAUCAUCAUCGCCCCCCCCUCCCUAACCCCCUCCAGAUUCAAGAAGCAGAACGGCUCCGGCGAUGAUAUCUUCGCCCACCUCUUCGCCGCCUCCUUGGAUCCCGACUUCGCCCCCCUCUCCCUCGAACCGCAGAUCCUCAAGUCCCGCCUCAUCGCCGGCGAGACCCUCUACGGCCUCUUCCUCCUGCGCUCCUCCCCGACCCUCGCCGAGAUCGCCGGCCUUGCCGGCUACGACUACGUGGUCGUCGACAUGGAGCACGGCUCUGGCGGCAUCGCGGAGGCCCUCCCCUGCCUCCUCGCCCUCGCCGCCGCCCGCACCCCGGCCAUCCUCCGCCUUCCAGAGCUCUCCGCCGCCUGGGCCAAGAAGGCCCUUGAUCUCGGCCCCCAGGGACUCAUGUUCCCCAUGAUCGAGUCCCCCGGCGCUGCCGAGCUCGCCGUCUCAUUCUGUCGUUUCCCGCCGCGCGGCGUCCACGGGUCCGUCCACACAGUGGUGCGCGCCUCCGCCUACGGCAUCAAUGAUGGCUACCUGGCGCGGGUUGACGAGGAAACCAGUCCUCCUCCAUGGCCGGAGGCUAUCCUUCUCGGUUUCCAGCACUACCUGGUUAUGCUUGGCACCACUGUU